UCAUGGCUUGUACUCCUUCGGUCUAUCAGAGACUGGGGCAGAGAGCUUUGAUUGGUCUAGAGGUAAGGCGCUCUCACUAUGUACCGGGAAAAAGGAAUGAGGAGGGGGUUGGUGAAACUUCACAGCCCAAAAAUGAUUUGUAUACAAGACUACUAUAUAGGAUUCUCAGUUACUGAGUUGUUAAUCAUCUAGCUUCCCCAGAUGGGUGUUUCCUGGUACUCCCCCCCGACUCGACCCACUUAUAUACUUCAUUGUCUUAUAAGACACACCCGAAUAUCACGAGGGAAUUAACCUUAAAAUCGCUGCUUGAUAAACUCGAAUUAAGUCUUCCUCAUUACUCUUCGAUUCGUACGUCCUUGCUGAUCUUCUCGUGAAGAACUCUCUUCACAUAUUUUAACGGUCAAGAUGUACUUGAGUAUUCUCACUAUAUAUGCAGUCAUAACAGGUUUUUCAACCUCUGGAGCGGAAAGAAUUCAACUCCCGUACGAGGUACAGGAAACGCUCUUGAACCUGAUGACUGUUGAUGACCUAGAACACAUCAACACCACAGAUACUCAUUCCAUUCGUCUUAUUUACCGUAAAGACUUGGACUCGAGCUACACAGCUUAUUACGAGAUCAAGAAUGGAGAGUACUUCCGCGUUCUCUCAGCUGGGCUGAAGACGGGUGAGAUUAGAGAAGUGGAAUCAGGGCCACUACCAUCACCAAGCCAAGUCCUUAUCAAACAAGCAGGACGUGUUGGACAGGAAUGCAAGACGUUUUAUCGGCUAGCACCGGGACUUUAUAUGUGCGAAAACAAGCAGAAUACCGCGGUUGCUGCUACAUUCGACUGGGAUGCAGAUUCACAGGUUGAAGACUGGCGAACCCUUCACCAAAAGGUCCAAAAACGUUUGAGUGACUUCAAAGAUGCCUGGAAAAAUAUUGCAGCGUCAGUGAAGGACGAAUUGUGGACAUCACGACGAGUAUCGUCAAAACAAGACCCACGGACAGUUCUCUACGAUGCGGAGUUAAUCUCGCCUGGAUCAACUGCGAUAGUACCUCUGGAACGUGACUUCAGCAAUGUCACCAUCCAUGCCAUUGGACAUCAACGACAAAACCAACUUUGUCAAAUUCUAGUCAAAGCUUGCGAGCAUGGACAAAUGGGAGUGAAAUCAGAGCUCAUUCACAAACUUAAAAACGGCAUCGCCUUCAUCAAGAUUGAGAUUCGAGAAGACAAAAAAUUCGUUCGCCAAGUAUUGCGCAACCAUGAAGUUUCAUUUUAUGUCAAGAUUGAAACCAAAAAAGGCCAACAAGUUUUGAAGUAUUUUUCUGUGGACUUGAGCUCACAUCGUCAACCUCGUCGGAGCCAGAGAAGGGAAUGGUCAAUCGAUCGGGAGGAUCUCUUUCCGGAUUACAAUCAGCAUAAAUGCUGUGGUUGUGAAAGUGGUUGUGGACCGGUUGCUUGGGCUCAGAUUCUUGCGUAUUACGAUCGUCUUGCGCACUACAAUCCUUCAUCAAAUUACAGUAAAAACUUCUGGGAGUGUAGCGAUGGGACUGCCAAUAACUGCACUGCUCCAAAAACCAUGAAUUCAAACGUGAUUAAGUACAUCGAAGGCAUCCGGUCUAAACUUGGUACGUUCUGCUUGUUUGGUGGAGGAGCAACGACCCCAAAGAACAUGAAGAAGAUCUCCGACUGGUAUAGGGCGAGAGGGAUUAAAGGGCGGGUUGUAGGUCGUUACGGGCCAUUAUCAUUCUUAGGUAUUACGUACCCCGCUUUUAAGAAGAGUGCGGAAAGUUGGUUAAAAGAACGGUACCCGGUUAUUCUUGGGUUCUGGACCAAGGGAUUCAGUAUGCAUUAUGCCGUUGCAACCCGCUACAAGGAAAAGCAACAGAAGUACCGAAGAUGCUUCUUCUCAAUCUGUCGCACCAAGGUCAAAGUUCAAGGUUCAUUCUACUUGCACAUGGGAUGGGGAGGAACCAGUAAUGGAUGGUAUUCCAAGAACACAUUCGCUGUAUACUCUGCUAAAAAAUACUGAACAAUCAAAAUACGUUCUUUAUUUUCGUAGAUAUAGAUAUUUUUAAUCUGUAUUUUUUUUAUGCCAGAGGGGCUUCAAACAAUGUUUUUCUCCAUAGUUGUGUUAUGCGAUCCUACCAAUUGCUUUGUUAUGUUAUGUUUGCCAUACUACCCUAUGCUACACUUCUGUAAACCAUGCUAUGCACUGCUAUCCUUUACUAUGCUAUGCCAUACUACCCUAUGCUAUACUUCUGUAAACCAUGCUAUGCACUGCUAUCCUUUGCUAUGCUAUGCCAUACUACCCUAUGCUACACUACUGUAUACCAAGCUAUGCAAUACUCCCUUCGCUAUGUUAUGCUGCCUCUUGCUAUGCUAUACUUUGUUAUGCUACCCUAUGCUAUGCUAUACUUCACUAUGCUAUUCAAUCCUACCCUUUGCUAUGCUAUUUUAUGCUAUCUUUUGCUAUGUUACUCUUUGCUAGACAAACACAGGAUGUCUUGUUGUUGCCAUUGUGUAGUUCCAGAAAUUAUCCAUACCCCAGCCCACAGAGGAAUUUGGAAUUUCCAAGGGGUGGGGUAUUAGAGAAAGAACAAAAUUAAAGAGUUUGUGUGGAAGAAAAUUGGAAUUUCCAGAGGUAGGUAGGGUCUUAGAAAAAAUUCCUCCAUGGGGGAGGUAUGAAUAAUUUCUGUAACUACACAUUUCUGGAGGGAGGGGACAGGCAUCUAUUUGCAUUUUAGUACUUUUACAGUCUAUGACACAAGCUACCCAGUCCAUGUUUAAUUUCUGUUAAUCCAAGGAUACACCAAGUGCCCUCGUAACAGCUUUCCCACAAACGUACCCCAGGUAUCUUGUACAUCAUCUGUUUCAUGUUCAGCAUCUAUUGACCAGUCCCUCAACUGGGCAAUGAACAAUGGCUUGUUGGUGAGCUUGAGGUACAAGACUGAGACUGGUGAAGGGAGGGGAGGGGAGGGUUGCACAAAGUCUGUAGGUGGUUGUGGUUGGUCAGAGAAGUUCUCAAGGAUCUCAAGUUGCAGUCCUCCUAUGAUUAUAAAAAUUGUAAAAAAUAUUAAUUAGAAUCAGAAAUAAGUGUACUUUUUUAUUUUUGGUCUUUCUGCAUAAGAUAUAUUAUGUGAUGGAGUCAAUAUAUAGCAAAUAAACUGCUUCAGGGAGAAAACAUAUAUGGUAUUUUUAUUGAACAAAUAUAAAAGGUUUCUCCAUGAGCUAUUUAGAAAUACAGAACACAGGAAGUAAUGUAAACAUGAAAGUAUGAAUGAUUAUACAGAAAGAAACAUCCAUUGUAGUUUUCAAUGCUGUAAUAAUACACUUAUUUGCAA